UUGCGAUCCUCCUGAUCUCAGCCUCCCAAGUAGCUAGGGUUAUAGGUGCCUGGCUAUCCAGCAGCUUCUGGAUGUCUCUGGAGACCAAGGGAUUUAAAUGUUGCAUGAGACUGGUUAUUUUUACUCUAGAGCUUAGCUGCUGUUGUGUACUGACACUUGUUCUUGGGUCCUAACCAAUUAUGUCCAUUCUAUUUUUUUCCUUUUUUAUUUUUCAGAUGAUUUUAAAAUGGAAACUCUUUAACUGAAAGCUGAGUGGUACUUAAAGCAGCUCUCAAGUUUACAUGAUGAAAGUUCCACAGAAGCAUAGCACUGUUGAGGAAUGUCCUUUUUAUAAAUGUAUUUUCUCAUUUACUGGAGGCCAGUGAAGACAAGCAUAAUUUAAAAUCCUUGAUUUAAACAGUCACGUAAGAUCAAGCUGGGUAAUCAUGGCAGAAGGCGGAUUCGACCCCUGUGAAUGUGUGUGCUCUCAUGAACAUGCGAUGAGAAGGCUGAUCAAUCUGUUGCGGCAGUCCCAGUCCUACUGCACAGACACAGAAUGUCUUCAGGAAUUACCAGGACCUUCUGGUGACAAUGGCAUCAGUAUUACUAUGAUCUUGAUGGCCUGGAUGGUUAUUGCAGUGAUCCUGUUCUUACUGAGACCUUCUAAUCUAAGAGGAUCCAACCUACCUGGAAAGCCAGCCAGUCCACAUAAUGGACAGGAUCCACCAGCUCCUCCUGUGGACUGACUUUGUGAUAUAGGAAGCGGAAAACAGUUAACACCUUGCACAACCAAAUGAACGAAGAUGACCACAGUACUCUUAACCCCCGUGAGAACUGUUUUUCCUUUUGCAUCUGCAAUUUGGGAUCGUGUUGUUUUCAUGAGCUUCUAGAAAUUUCACUUGCAAACUUACUUUUGCUUCCUGUAUUAUCACCAUUCCUAUUUACAGUAUAUUUGAGUAAACGACUAUAUUAAAAAAAAAAAAGUUACAUGGGGCUUUUUUGGUUGUUCUAAACUUAAACAUUCCAUUCAUUCUGUUUGUAAUUGUGAACACAAGUUUUGUGGUGAUUUCUGGCCUGGUUAAAGAAAUUUAAGAUUUUGCAUUUAAGUAUUUUAAAGAGUUCUGAUAGGUUUUACAAUUUUUUUUGUAAGGUAUUUAUAAAGUUUUUUGGGGUUAUUUGGGAUUGUAUGAAAGACAGUUUAGAACCACACUGUAUUUACAUUUACUUGGUAGUUUAUUUGUGGGUGGCAGUUUUCUCUAGUUGGAUCUGUGACAGCUCUUGGGAUAUUUUACACAUUAAUAUGAAAUCUGUGUCAUUCAUUAAGCUGGUUUAUGUGGCUAGAAUAGGAGAGAAAUGCAAUGAUUGUUUACUAAUUUCUUUUAUUAAAAAUGUCUGUUAAGAAUACUUUAAAUAAACAUGAUCAAUCAAUAUGGUGGUUGAUUUACAGCCCAUUAUGACAUUUGUAAGCCACUGGAUACUAGCCUUAUAAGAUUCGUGAAAGGAGGAAAGAAGUUAAUUCUUUUUGCCUUAGCCAGGUAUCCAUCCAGUAAUAACUUAAGCUAUUAUUUAUUUGUUGAGUGCCUCUCAGGAAGCUUCUCUACUAUUGUAAUGCUUCCCUCUUAAAAAGAAACUAUUUUACAUCUAUAUUGGGGCCUGCUGGCUUAUUGACAUUUGAAUAUCUAUUUACUUAUUCACAAUAACUUUUUUAAUUUGGAGAAAAGUUUUGACUCUUGUUACCCUUCUGACUUAAAAAAUAUAAUGAAGGUUUUUGGUUUAUUCCAAGAGAAAGAGUAAGUGAGUGAGUGAGAGUGUGUGUGUGUGUGUGUGUGUGUGUGUGUGUGUAUGGGGGGAAUGAGAAACAAUCAAGAAUCUUUUUCUUACCCUUCACCUCACUUCUGUUGGGUAAUGGGAUGAACUGGGUGGGAAGGGACAUGGAUGUAAGUGAAGACUGAAAUGUAUAAAAAAGGAAAAGUGUGUUAUUUUGCUGAGUUUGAAAAAAAAAAAGGGGGGGGGAAUACAAAUGGCAUUUAAAAUGUCUCCAUGACCUAUGUGGUUAUAGAAUUUUUUUUCCAAACAAGUGAAUGCAGAUGACUUAUGGGGGCUAUUUUGCUGUAAGUGUAAGGAUUUCCCCCCCAAGCUCAGUCUAGCUUUUCACUGUAUAGAUCAAAGAAAUUAUUUGUGUGAAUUAAAUAAACCCUUUGUCACUAUACUGUUUAAUAGUCUGAUCAAUUUUGUGACACUCACAGGGAUUUCCCUUUGUUAUGGUUACAUUCUAGGCCCAUAAACAUUGUUAAGGGCACCAUUUAAUUAUAUAUUCCAAUACUGACUAUUUGCACUCCUCCUUGUGCAUCUUAGCUUUAUGCUUCUUGAAAUAAUAGAGCUAACUCUUAAUUGUGCUAAUAAAGAGGUAACAGGUAAGUUAAAUCCUAAAUAAAUUAAUACCAGAGAGUAGAAGUUUUUGCUAUUGCUGUGGUCCACUGGAAGCCUUCCUGGCUCUAUAGUUAGUAAAAAAUUUAAAGAAGUUGGACAUGGUGACAUAUGCCUGUAUUUCCCCCUCCCUCUCUUUUCCUCCCU